GAUAUUCACUUCUGGGAUUUAGGACAUCCCUGUGAUAUAAACAUCCCGUAUUAACAUCAAACCAUUCUUGAGUCAUGUCAAAAAUUGCCCUUAUUCUUGGCGGUGGACCCAAUGUUGGACUCAAUAUCGCUCGUGUUUUCCCAUCGAAAGGAUCAUACAAGACCGUGGUUGUAUCACGAAAUCCUAAAGAAGAGCUCAUCAAGGCGACUGAUCUUUCCCUCCAAGCCGAUUUCACUGAUCCCAAAAGCAUCAAACGCAUCUUUGAUGAAGUGAGACAGAACUUGGGAGUUCCAAAUGUUGUUGUAUAUAAUGCCGCAGCGUUGACAGUCACUCCUGAUCCUCUCUCUGUGCCAUUGGAAAGUUCAAUGAAGACCUCAAUGUAG